ACUACCGGUUGAAGUCAGACUUAGCGGAAAAAAUGAAAAUAGUUACACAUCAUACUAUAUACAUACAUAUAUACAUAUGUUUGUGUAUGUGUAUGCAUUAUACCUGUGCUAGUGAAACUUAGUUUUGCUGUGUCAAUACUAGUGCGGUGCAAAAAACAAGAGUAAAAUACGAAAUUUUUCGAAUCACUUACAUAUAAACAAAAAGUAAAGAAUAUUGCGUUGAAAUUUUAGCUAAUGCAAAAAAACAGUGCAUUAAUUUCCAAGUUUUUCAACAGCAACCAAUGCAUCAAAAACGCUCAUCACUAUAUCACCAAAAGACUUAGUGAAAAGUUGAUUGGAAUACUUAAAUUUAUACGAAUGUAUCAACACCAUGGGUCGUUAAUCUAAGUAUGUAUUCGGUUGAAAUAGAUAUACAACAUUAAAAAGAAAGUGGCUUGAAUAUACAUACAUACAUACAUACAUACAUACUGAGGCACGUUGAAAUCUUAAAAAAGGCGUAGCUAAAUUAGCCCCUAGCUUAUAAUCAGCGACAGUCCGUCAUCUUCGCACCAUUAACAAAUGGUGAUGAUGAGAAAUCAAUGGCAAGUAUACGAAGUUGAGCUGAUAGUGACGGUGCUUUUCCUGACAAUAUUCAGCGGCUACAAUGGUAGGAACAUAGCGAGUUCGCAACCAGCCAACCACAGCAGAAGUAGUGCGUUUGAAGGCGAAUAUGACAGCGUGCAAGAAACAUCGACAGGAGUGGAAUUUGUCGGCGCCACAGAAAACACAAUCUACAGUAACCCCCACGGACUUAAACGGCGCAAUGCACAAUCAGCACAAAAUAUAAAAUUAGGAGAUGAAGAAAAAGUUGGAGGCUCGAGAUUUUCAAUAGCCUUAUUCAAGGAAUCUACGACUUUUCUGCCGUCUACUAUUUCUUCAUUCACCGAACCAACAACGUCUUCACACCACUCCAUAUCAGCAUUGAAUUCAUUAACAUUAGAUAAAGCGGAGCCGACACAAAUUCCUGGCGAAUCGGAAAACAAUGACAACAUUUCGAAAGGAGUGCUUGACAUCGCCGAAGAUGCAUCGGAAAUUCCAGUCAUUUCUCCAACAACAUACAGACCUGUACGACCCUCCAAUACACAAAACAUCUCAGCGCAAGAGAGAGAGCGGAAGCUUAUGAACGUUUUGGCCGCCCGUCGAAAUGCUUUGCAUCGCGGUAGCUUUCGUACCCGCCCUGUAACUACAUGGCGAACUGCUUCAGUAGCAUCACUGGGAACCACAUCUAAGACACCAACCGACCCACGCUCGGCAUGUUUACGGAAUUGCACAAAGAAUUUUACGCGACGUACAACCGCUAGUUGCAUGAGGCAGUGCUCCAACUUUUCGCGGACUUCUUGGCCAGUCGCCAACUCUACGGCUGCGAGCAGUAUGGUGAUUGUUCGCCCAUCAUCCCAAACUGGUAUAGGUACCCAAUCCUCCGACCGGGACAACAACGAAAUUCUCUUCACAGAUGAAUCAUCGCAUGGCCUAUUUGUUGUGGCAAAGGAGCAAAAUGACACUUCUAAUCAUAUACCAGAUGUGGCAAAAAGUACGAAAUUUCGUACUAGAAAUAAGCUUUUAGUACCAGUAACUGCAGCUCCCAGCUCCGUUGAGGAUGACGAUAUAAAACCGUAUUUGUACUUUGGUCAAAAACUACCGCCAAUUAAACCAGCCACUCUGACAAUCACUUCGGUGAGUGAAGAUCACCCCAAGUUGCUGGAAGUUUCCGCUGCUCACUUAGCUUCUACUACUCAGGCAUCCGUUGGAUCUACGUCAACUUUAUCAGCAGUAGAGCGCAGUCGUUCGCGGUAUAAAUACAGAGAUCGGGGAUAUGUCAAUGCUCGGCGGCCUUCAAUUCGCGCAAGUGCAUUAGGUUCUACUAACCCAUCAGAAGCCAGAAGCACCCCCUUGUUAAAUAUCAAAGUUAAUGAUUCUGCAACAGAAAAGGAAACCUCAACCAUUAAAACUUUAGAAUCAAAUAACUCGAAUGUCGGAAGGAAAGCUAGUUAUAAAUUACCGCCUCCGGUGCAAUCGACUACCACUUCAGAUCCCUUCUCUCCUUUAAUAAUACGGGUCUUCGGCGAGGAAGACGAAACAUCACAGGCGGAGCGUCCCAUGAAUGAGUCAGUGCUUCAAAAAAAUAGUACGUCUGAAUUUAUCACACCGCAAGAAAAAAGUAUAGCUGUCGAUACGCAGACUAUAAACAUAGGUAAUCUAACUUUAAGCUCUUCACCACUUCCAAACAUCCUGGAACAAGCAGUGACAGACGUGGUGCCAGUAAAGAUUCUAUCUCUUGGGCCUUAUCCCAGUACGAGCCGUGCAUCUUCAACUACUCCUACUCCCUCCAUAACUAAGACUUCAAUUAGUAAGGGCUUGUAUUCAGAAACUGUACCAACAACUAUCCCUACCAUACGUUCUACAACGGUUUCCUCAUUAUCUAAUACUGCACGGCCGAAAAUUGAUAUUAAAGAAGAUAUAGAGAAACUUCGAUCACUAGGACCAAGCCUAACGCAAGUAAUAGAAAACGAUGAGAAUUUCGUUAUAUUUCUCAAUCAUUCGACCGCCCAGACAGUGCUAAACACUUCCGAUACCCAGCUUUCCAUAUUGCAUACCACAGUGCUGACCUCUGUGCGUUCUACUGUGAAUCCUCGUACUGAAACCUCCGCUAUGGAAGUAGAAAAUACGUCUACCCAAAUGAAUUUAGUUAAUCGUUCUUCUUUCGUGGGCAUUAUUGAGACAACUUCAUUAGAAAAAUCAACUCGGAAUGAACACUCUAGUGAUGCUGGAGCAGAUAUAAAGUCUACUUAUGUGCCUGAGGAGAGCGAGGUAUCACUCGAGAUGCGACGUGUUAACAUUGCCACAAUGGUGCUGGCGGGAAUCGGUAUAAUACCGCUCUGUGCACUUAUUCUUUAUUUUGUGCAUACCUAUCUGCUCCGCCGUGGCAUCAAAAACGAAGAAGAUUUCGAUGUGUGUAUUACCGACCAACAACCCAUAAGUCCAGUAAAGAAACUUGAUUCCAAAUACCGCAUUAAAAACGAGGAGGAAGAUUAUGAUGCCGAUCGCCAUAAUAUUCAAACAUCGCACCAUCAAUCGAUCCAUCAUAAGACGAUUUCGCAUGGCAAGAUUACAUCUCGAGAUGUAAACCAAAACAACCGCUAUGACGAACAGUCCUCUGUGACGAGUGACCAGGAAUUCGAGCGUAACAAUAUCCGGCUGAAAAGUCUGCUUGGCGAGGGAAAUUUCGGACAAGUGUGGAAAGCUGAGGCUGAUGACCUCAGCGGCCAUUUUGGUGCAACACGAAUUGUGGCAGUUAAAACCAUUCGGAAAUGCAGCGCACAGACUAGCCUAAAGGAGGAAGCGGACAUUAUGAGAAAGUUGGGUUCGCAUCUGAAUGUUGUUACACUGCUUGGGGCAUGCAUAGAGAAUGAGCCGCACAUGCUUAUAAUGGAGUACGCGAUGAGGGGAAGGUUGCUCUCAUUACUGCGGGCUGCGCGAAGUGCUUCCAAUAUUCUACCGGCGUCGGUACCGGGAGGGCGUAGUCUAACACCUCUAUCACCACGGACGCUAGCUGGCUUCGCACUGGAUAUUGCUUGUGGCAUGGAGUAUAUCGCCGAAAAGAGGAUCGUUCAUCGGGACCUGGCAGCACGAAAUGUUUUACUAGAUCACAAUGGAGUUUGUAAAAUUUGCGAUUUCGGAAUGUCGAUUGACUUAGAUUCUGAGCAUAAGAAAAAAGAGGCCGAGAAAUGCCAUGCCAACGAAAUAGUUCAUAGUAAUGCGAAAAAAAUCAAGUUUGAUUUCCGAAGCCGUUUCACAGUUAACCAAUGGAGCAACAACAACUCAAAUUGCUCAGAUGGCAGUCCAACCUUAAAAAAAGACCUAAAAGAAAAGAAAUAUAAUUCGCAUGGCCUUGGUCAAGGCCAUGAUACAAUUAGCCGCAGGCCAGCUUUGCCGAUUCGUUGGAUGGCACCGGAAGCAUUACAAUAUCAUGUUUUUACACGGGAGACCGACAUGUGGGCUUUUGGCAUUGUCCUUUGGGAAAUCGCAACACUUGGUUCAACACCAUACGCCAAUCAUUCGGGUAGGGAAGUUAUGCGACGAGUUCCGAGCGGACUAAGGCCUGAGCUACCUAAGGAAGGAUGUAAUGAGUUCUACAAUUUAAUGGUACGCUGUUGGCAUAAGGAUCCUCAUCUACGUCCAUCCUUUUCAUAUGCACGACAGGAGAUAUCACGCUCUCUACACAAGUGGGUCGAUGAUGAUGCGACCGGCUCUGACUAUAUGGAUGUUAGCGGGUUUAGUGAGGAUUUAGAGCACGGUAUGGUGUACUUCAAUCAUCGGAUAUCUGAGUUCGAAUGUGAAAUAUGACGAUGAAAGAAUGUUCCCUUUCCAAUAUGUAUAUUCUCUUUCAAUUUCGAUGUUUUCAAUAAGAUGCCCAAAGAGCGAAGGAUUCCAAACAAAUUUAUUUUAUGAAAAUUGAGCUUUAUUAAUUUCAAAAGUACCUUUUGCAAUAAUUACUAUGUACCUAAUUCUAAAUGUUUUAUAUACUAUGAAAGGAGAACUUCAAGUGCUAGCAGCAGUAUUAUUUAAAUAUUUCAUAAUAAGUGAGGAAAAGUGAUCAGUGAUCUGUCGGUUCUUUACACAUCUUUGUAGAAUACAUAUGCAGUUAAGUGUAAAUAUUUAUAUAUAUGUAAGAAAUUGAUGUGGCAAGAUUCACUGCACUGAAUGCAGCACAAAACAUUGUAAAUAUUUAAUUUAUGCCGAUCAAAAGCUAUUUAUUGAUAACUUUAUUAAGUAAUUAGCUAUAAAA